AUGGAAGACUUCAGCACUGACGAUAUUUCUAAACUGGUCGAUUUGGUGCAUGAUAAAGUUGUAGAUACUGCAACUCGUUGGGAAGAUGGAGGUCUCGCAAUGCGCAAAUAUAUUUCCAGUUGUAAUGUUUUGUUGCUGAUUUGGAAGCAUAAUAAGAGUUUGGAAGAAAACGAGCGAAGCGCCGAAGAUACUCAAUCAACCAGUUCGGACGAUCUUUAUUUAUCAACUGAUAGCGAUGAUUCGACAGAUGAUGAAGAUAAUUAUAGAUAUAAUUACUGUGAAGACGGUUGGACAAGUUCAGAUGAAUCAGAUGGAGAGGAUUCGAAAACUGAUUUAAACAAGGUAUGGUUGCGAAAAAAAAACAAAAUAGUAGGAAGUAAACCAGAAAAAGCGAGUUUUUCAAUUUUUAUUAAUUUUUGAAUUUUGUAUUUUGAGCGGGGCAGAGAGAAAUUGUUCAGAGUUUUGAAGCGAUAUGAAUGUUUGAAAUUAAUUAUAUUCAAAAGAUGUUGUUCAAAAAUGUUGUCUACAUAUGCAUAUUAAAAUCUUUGUUAUAAAAAAUCAUAUUUUCAGGAAAAUGAGACGGAAGGCAAGAAGCGUUCACACGAAGAAGAAGAAGAAAACGAGACGUCAGCGUGCAAAAAGCCAUGCCUUGAUUAG